UUUUGUUCUGCUACUACAAAAGAAUUUCAAAGUCUGUUACCAAGUUGGAACCUAAUAUCUGGGGUGGGGUGUCACCUGAAUUAGUGCCCCUCCCCUGAUAGGGCACAUAUUUGGUUUCAGAAAAGACUUUUUUCUUUUGAGGUGAGAACAGUGGUUUUGUGUGGUAGUGACCAAGUGAAAAGAUUCAAAUCACAAGGAAAAUGAUGGAGAACUCUACAUUCUUUUAUUUUAAAGUAGGCCAGGAGUGGUCUUGAACCCCAUCUUGCCCUGCAAAUGUUUUAUCUUUCGCCUUAAAGUGGCCUUUUCUUUACAGCGAAGGGUAUGUCUUUUACGCAGAAAGCGUUUGUUUGGGGAAAUGGCUAAAGCAUUUUGUGGCGGGGUCGCUGUGGUGUGUGACAAGCAGCCCACCGCCACAAAGUGCAACCUGCACAGGGUCAGCAGCAGAGGGUUGGGGCGCAAGGGGUAGGGUUAUUGCCGGGAAAGGGCGGGGCCAAGACCUGGAAGGGGAGGAGACUGUGAUGAUAGUGAGGCUAGCCAGUAAAAGGACAGGGGGCGGGAUCCUGGGCGGGACCUAAGCCGCACAGGAAAGCGGGGCUGGUGCUGAGGGCGGGGCUGAGGGUCGCGGGCCGAUGACGCGCAGGCGGAGCCGCUACUUCCUGGAUCCGCCGGCCGGGGCCGCUGCCGCACCCUGAGCCGGAGCCGGGAACCCGCGGCCGUCGCCAUGUCCCACCAGACCGGCAUCCAAGGUAACGGCGCCACGGGGCAGGGGCUCCCGGGAGGCUGCGGGCCCGAGCGCUGGAGGCGCGGACAUCAUUGGAGCGGCUCUGAGUGCCACGGCUCCCACUGUGUCCCUCGCGGCCCUACCCGGCGGCCGCCACGUAACAGGCCGGUGGCUGCCAGAGAGCCGAGACGUGAGGAUGUACGGGGCGACUCCGCCGCAUCCCGGCGCCCGUGCGGAGAGCAGGAAGAUCCGAAGCUGGCCGGGCUCCUUCCUCCGGCCAGCCGAGCGACUUUUCCUCGGGACCUGCCAAAGGAGAUGGUUCCAGCACUCAGAUCGUUUGAAAACCAAACACAUCCCACCGCUGUAGGGUGCCUCCCGAACUCCCCGGAUUAUCUCUCAGAACGCGGGUGUGCCUUCCUUUCGGAGAAAUCCUGAGUAGGAAGUGUUUUUCCAUCUUUGGAUGCUUGCUCCCCAGGCAGCCGAAAAGUCUGAUCUGUGUGGCUGCACCUCAUCACCCGGUGGAGACAGUUGAAUGUGCAGUUUACUUGUGUAUCUUACUCGCCAUUAUUAUUUCCUGGUUUGAAAAUAGGCAACUUGGACGUAUUCACCUCCUCGCAAGUGAAGACGUCAAAGAGAUCUUUGCCAGAGCCAGAAAUGGGAAAUACCGACUUCUAAAAAUAUCGAUUGAAAAUGAGCAACUGGUGGUCGGGUCCUGUAGUCCGCCUUCAGAUUCCUGGGAACAGGAUUACGAUCCCUUUGUCUUGCCCCUGCUGGAGGACAAGCAACCGUGCUAUGUGUUAUUCAGGUUAGAUUCUCAGAAUGCCCAGGGAUAUGAGUGGAUAUUCAUUGCAUGGUCUCCAGAUCAUUCUCAUGUUCGUCAAAAAAUGCUGUAUGCGGCAACAAGAGCAACUCUGAAAAAAGAAUUUGGAGGUGGCCACAUUAAAGAUGAAGUGUUUGGAACAGUAAAGGAGGACGUAUCACUACAUGGAUAUAGAAAGUAUCUUCUCUCCCAGUCUUCUCCUGCCCCUCUGACUGCAGCAGAGGAAGAAUUAAGGCAGAUUAAAAUCAGUGAGGUACAAACUGACGUGAGUGUGGACACAAAGCAUCAGACACUACAAGGAGUAGCAUUUCCUAUUUCUCGAGAUGCCUUCCAGGCUUUGGAAAAACUGAGUAAGAGACAGCUCAACUAUGUGCAGUUGGAAAUAGAUAUAAAAAAUGAAACAAUAAUUUUGGCCAACACAGAAAAUACAGAACUAAAAGAUUUGCCAAAGAGGAUUCCCAAGGAUUCAGCACGCUACCAUUUCUUUCUGUAUAAGCAUUCCCACGAAGGAGACUACUUAGAGUCCAUAGUUUUUAUUUAUUCAAUGCCCGGAUACACAUGCAGCAUAAGAGAGCGGAUGCUGUAUUCCAGCUGCAAGAGCCCUCUGUUAGAUAUUGUAGAAAGACAACUGCAGAUGGAUGUGAUCAGAAAGAUUGAGAUAGACAAUGGGGAUGAACUGACCGCAGAUUUCCUGUACGAUGAAGUCCAUCCCAAGCAGCAUGCACAUAAGCAGAGUUUUGCUAAACCAAAGGGUCCUGCGGGAAAGAGAGGGAUUAGAAGAUUGAUUAGGGGUCCAGCGGAAGCAGAAGCCACUACUGAUUAAAAUUGUCUUAUUAAAUGUUGCAAUAUAGUUUUGUAAGAUUUCCAGCUUUUAGUACAAGGAGAACUGAAAUCAUUCCAUGUUGAUAUAGUUGGGAGGAAAAUUGUACUUUUUGAAAAAUAGCACUUUUCACUUCUAUGUAUUUUUUAAAUUAAUGCUAUAGAAGACUCAUGGUUUUUAUUUUUUAGUUAAAGCUAGACAAGGUUUCAACAUAGUAAUGUUUGGUUUUGUCACACUGUUUUCAUAGCGUGUUGAUUCCACACUUUCACAUAAUCUUCAACGAAAGCGUAAGGACUUGCUUUUUAGAACUCUGUAGUGAGUUCUGUUUGCCUAUAAGGGAAGUGGAACAACCGAGACACUCGCACUUCUUUCGAGUGUUAAGGAGCCUGGGAGGAGCAGGCAGCCGCUUGCUUUGAGCAUGCUCAGGUGGGGCUGUCCGCCGCUGUGGGGAAGGCACCCUGCAGCAGGGCUUCCUGCCCCACCUCUCCAUUGUAGUAGUGUCCAGAUCUCAGAAACGCAGCUUGAACCCAGCUUCAAAGGUACCAGAUGCCUCAGGCUUUCUCAUGGCGCUGGAAGACUGCAGUCUUGUAAGGUCUUUGCAGAGCUCUCAGUUGACGAUUUCCAAAGGGAUUGUGAAAAGACUGUGAAGCCAGAUGUUCACCUUCAGAUGGAGAUUCAAGUGUCAUUAAAGAGAAACAACUAAAGGAAGUGUCUGACCUUUCAAGGUUUUUUGGUUUUUCUUUUUCUUUUCUUUUUUUUUUUUUGUAUUUUUUUCUUCUCUUUGAAACCAUGUGUCUUAAAGGAGAUUGUCAUAUUGCUUGGGAGCAAGUUUUCAGACCUAAAAUUAUUGAUUUCUAAUACUUAGUAGGCUAGCACAGAGAAUACGUAGCCUAAGGCUCUUUUGUCAAUUAAUAAUGCCUCGGAACACGGGCUUUCUGAAGCUUGGUUACUUUCAGUUAAAACCUAAAGAGUUUGAGCCUCAAGAGUUCAUUGUUACUUGAAAUAGAGGGAGUUAGAACACUUGGUAUUUAAUCUGCUAAACCUGCUGCAGAGCCAUAACUCAGAAGUUUGGAAGCGGACUGACGUGUCCGGGAUUUGGAAGACCUUGACCUGAACCUCAUGCUGCCUGAGAUGGUGUCAGUAACGUACAUUUCAUGGAAUGAACUAUGAAGCACCCAUUGCAGAGCCUUAUUACCUAAGGUAAUACAUGCGCCUUUCAGAAAUUCAGUGUGGACUCACCUAGAUCACAGAGGAAUUACGAGCUGAUGGAAGUUUUUAAAAAUAGAUUUGUGUGUUUUGUUUGUUUACAAAUACGUAGACUUUACUACUUAAAUAUGCAGGAGAGUUGACAGUAAUGUUGCUCUUGUUUACGAGAGGUAAACUUUUUAGUCGUGCGUGUGUACACGUCAUCACACGUGCCCAUAGAGUGCUGCAGCGAGAGACCUGGAGCUGUGACGCAGACCUUCCAGAGCUGCCGUUUCAAGCAGAGGGGGUGCUUUGCGUCCUGGGUCCAGACCCGGUGGGGACUGUUCUGAAGCAGUGUGUGCAAUGAUGCGCUGAAGCCUGUCACACUACAGCGGUCACUGACAUUCCACAGAGAUGUGACCUUGUAACCUACUAAUAAUCAAACCAAUGAUUGCUGAGAAUCACGUAUGCAUUUGUCUUAGGGAAUAACCCAUUGUUUACAGUAUGUUUUAGGUGACAAUAGAUGUGAAUAACAUUCCCAAUAAAUUUAUAUAGCAGUGAAAAAUGACAUGUCUUCUGUGGACAUUUUAUAAGUGCAUUUUAUAUCAAUAAAAUUUUUCUCUUUGA